AUGUCGGAACAGGACCGCCGCGAGUACCAGGCCCUCGUCGAUGCCCUGCGCGAGCAAACGGCCAAGGUCAACGAGUGGAAGGCGGCGAAUACGAGACAAGCCGGCACCCAGGCCUACAAUGAUUACGUGCAGAAUGUGACCAACUGGGAGCGCGGGAUUCGCGAGAAAAUCGCCGUGCUAGCCGCCAAGAUUGGGCUCAAUGCGCCGGCGGCCGGGCCCGCGGGACCCGAAUCGAUUCUUGGCGAUCUUCUCGGCCGCGUCGACGAGAUCCAGUUCAUCAUGGCGGUGAUGCGGCUGGCGAAUCAGGACAAGACAUUUCUCCACUCCAUGCUUUCCGCUUAUAAACGACUGGAUGGUGGCGGCGCGAUGAGCUACGGUUCCCCAGCACCCGUCGCCUUACACUACGCCAUUCCCCAGCCCGGCGCCUCCGGACUAGCAUUCGCCCCGCCAAGCGUCCCCGCCUCAUUUCUGCCCGCACCGAGCGCCCCGCCAGCCAAACCGCCUACGCUAAUCUCUCAAAGCGUCUCCGGGUCGUCGUCCCGCUACCGAGCCCCAUCGCCCGUCUCAGACUACAAUGGAAAUGAUGCCGUCAUUACUCAAUGGAUCUGGGAUCAGCAGCACCUACAAGAUACGCUCGAUAUUUCGGCCUGGGUGAUGAUUGCCGCGGGUAUCGUCACAUGCACGGCCCUACAGCUAGGGAUCACCGCCGGAUAUGGACGGUAUGCCGUCGAGUCAUCGCUUUCAAUCCCUGGGCGAUGGGCAUGGUUCCUACAAGAAGCCCCCUCCUUCUUCAUCAGCGCCUACUUUCUAUUCAGCUGCCAAACGACGACGAGCCGCUUCAUCCUGGCCCUCUUUGUUGGCCACUAUUUUGUGAGGACAUUCCUCUUCCCGCUGUGGCUCAAAUCGUCGAAGCCGACGCCGUUCUACAUUUUCAUGUCGGCGUUUUGUUUCUGCGCCUGGAAUGGCUUCAUGCAAGGCGCCUACCACGCGCGGGUCAUCGACUACGAGGCAAAUCACCUCUUCAAGCCGGUCAGCCUGGCGGGCGUCGCCCUGUUCUUCGUCGGAUUCGCCAUCAACCAACACUCCGAUCACAUUUUGAGGAAUCUCCGGCAGCCCGGCGAGACGGCUUACAAGAUUCCCAGAGGCGGCCUUUCGACUACGUCUCAGGCGCAAACUAUUUUGGUGAAAUCGUCGAAUGCCGCCAACAUUGGGCCGAGGGCGCUGCAGCAUCACAGAUGGUACUUGCAGAAGUUUGACAACUACCCAAAAGAACGAGCCGCCAUCAUUCCGUUCUUGCUU